GAGUUAAAGGGUAUUUAGCUUGCUUCUUAAUAGACAUUGUAAAAUAUAUGGAAAUUUUCAUCAUAAUUGUCAUAGACUCUAGUGACUUCGUUUAUGAAUGAAGAAGUCCUAGGAACUGUGUAGCUAUUUUGGUUUUUGCAGCCUUAAUGCUUAGUCCUUACACUAUAGACUACUGAUUUCCUCUCUGUACCAUGCUUAUUGCUGAAAAGCAAAAGCUAUUUUUAACAUUCACACAAUUUUGAAAGAUGAUUCUUCAUUCCACAAGGUUUGUUGCUAAAUCUGAGGAGCCCUUUCAUAAUUGCAUCCUUUUUGUGGUUUGCUUGAAUUUGAUCACAGUGGCUGAUUUCAUGCAUUGAUAAUGAAGGCUUAGGUUGCCUGUUUCUCGGCACAAAUCCACCUCCGACGCGUACGUUGACAGUGCUGCUUGGUUUCAGCACGCGUAGAGAUCCAGAUUGAAACUGCUCUGCUUUCUUAACAAAUGACUCAGAGCGUGCCCGUCCUUCCCUAAAAUGCUGCCAGCGUGUGAAGGAUUUUCAGUGAGAGUGCAAUAAGCCAGCAACGGGAAGGUUCUGAGCAGCACUGAUGUAGCGUGCGGCUGUCACGGAUAAUCGGGCUGGAGCCAAGUCCCGGGAGCACUGUACAUCACACUGGCCACAUCCUGGAAGUUUUGUUUAUCCAACUUGGUUGCUUGCAAAGCAGCUGAAAUCCCUGCCAGGAUGUGGAGUGGACUUCCUAGCAGAGGCAGUGCAUGCCACACUACCACCCUUCCUGCUCUCGUGCGCACACCCACCCUGAUGAUGCAGCCCUCGCUGGACAUCAAACCGUUUAUGUCUUUUCCAGUGGACAGUGCUUCUGCUGUUGGGCUCUUUCCAAAUUUUAACACAAAAAGAAGAGGCUUAUUUGGGACCAAUAAAUUCUGCCAGAUGGACCCUGUGCAGAAGGCAGUCAUUAACCACACGUUUGGAGUCUCCAUUCCCCCAAAGAAGAAACAAGUUAUUUCUUGUAAUGUCUGUCAGCUUCGCUUUAACUCGGAUAGCCAGGCCGAGGCCCACUACAAAGGAAGUAAACAUGCCAAGAAGGUCAAAGCACUAGAGGCAACGAAAAAUAAGCCCAAAAUGGUUUCUUCCAAGGACAGCGCAAAGGCUAACCCCAGCUGCUCCAUCAGGCCAGUCCCAGGCGACAGCUCUGACAAAUCAGAAGACAAAGGGAAACUAAAAGCCACCAGCUCUGGUCAGCCCUCAGGCUCGGAAGGAGGCUCCUUUCUCCUCAAGUCUGGCUCAGCACCCCUGCCAUCUGGAGCCAUCGCUUCUCCCUCCAAGAGCACAAAUGGAGCUCCAGGGUCUGUCACUGAAUCGGAAGAAGAAAAAGCCAAAAAAUUACUCUACUGCUCCCUAUGCAAAGUGGCUGUGAACUCGCUGUCACAGCUGGAGGCACACAAUACAGGAUCUAAACACAAGACCAUGGUUGAGGCUCGUAAUGGAGCUGGUCCAAUUAAGUCCUACCCAAGACCUGGGUCAAGAUUAAAGAUUCAGAAUGGCAGUAAGGGCUCAGGACUACAGAACAAAACAUUUCACUGCGAAAUCUGUGAUGUUCAUGUUAACUCAGAAAUACAACUCAAACAGCACAUUUCAAGCCGAAGGCAUAAAGAUCGCGUGGCAGGAAAACCACUGAAGCCAAAAUACAGUCCUUACAACAAGCUCCAGAGGAGCCCAAGCAUUUUAGCCGCAAAGCUUGCAUUCCAGAAAGAUCUGAUGAAGCCUCUGGCCCCGACUUUUCUGUCUUCGCCCCUGGCGGCCGCAGCCGUGUCCUCUGCGCUGUCCCUGCCACCUAGGCCAUCGGCCUCCCUCUUCCAAGCCACAGCCAUCCCUCCUGCACUGCUGAGGCCUGGCCAUGGGCCCAUCCGUGCCACACCUGCCUCCAUCCUCUUUGCCCCUUACUAAACACUUGCAGCCCGCGACAGGCCAGGUCAGUGGGAAGGUAUAGAAGAAAAACCCGAAGGAUUCAGCAG